AUGGCCGAUACACUUGAUUCCCGACCUCAUGCGUUUUCGAUCAAACUGUGGCCGCCGAGUUUACCUACAAGGCAAGCUCUCAUUGAGCGGAUUACGAACAACCUCUCUUCCAAGACCAUUUUCACUGAGAAGUACGGUAGCGUAACCAGAGAGCAGGCUAUGGAGAACGCCAAGAGGAUCGAGGACAUUGCUUUCUCCACCGCGAACCAACAGUUUGAGAGGGAGCCUGACGGUGACGGCGGCUCGGCUGUACAGCUUUACGCCAAAGAAUGCAGUAAGCUCAUCUUGGAAGUUCUCAAGAAAGGACCUGUUGCUAAGGUUGCCUCAAGAGAAUCGAUUCCUGAAGAAUCUCGUGAAACUGUUUUCGAUAUCUCCAAAGGGAAACGGGCUUUCAUUGAGGCCGAGGAGGCUGAGGAGCUUCUCAAACCGUUGCAGGAACCUGGCAAUGGUUACACUAAGAUAUGCUUUAGCAAUAGGAGUUUCGGGUUAGGAGCUGCUCGUGUCGCUGAGCCAAUCUUGGCGUCUCUGAAAGAUCAGCUUAAGGAGGUUGACUUGUCUGACUUUGUCGCUGGACGUCCUGAGGUUGAAGCUCUUGACGUUAUGAACAUAUUCUCUAAUGCACUGCAAGGAAGUGUUCUCUCGUCUCUCAAUUUGUCAGACAAUGCGUUGGGUGAGAAAGGUGUUAGAGCGUUUGGGGCACUCUUGAAAUCUCAGAGCUCUCUGGAAGAGCUUUAUCUGAUGAAUGAUGGUAUCUCUAAAGAAGCUGCAAGAGCUGUCUCCGAAUUGAUUCCUUCUACAGAGCAUUUGAAGGUCCUUCACUUUCACAACAACAUGACGGGAGAUGAAGGAGCGGUUGCGAUUGCAGAGGUUGUCAAACGUUCGCCGCUGCUGGAGAAUUUCCGGUGUUCUUCCACAAGAGUCGGCUCGGAAGGAGGAGUCGCUUUGUCAGAGGCGCUUGAGCAUUGUUCUCGUAUGGAGAAACUUGAUUUGCGUGAUAACAUGUUUGGCACAGAAGCUGGCGUUUCUCUGAGCAAGACUCUCUCAAGCUUCAAACACUUGACUGAGAUUUACUUGAGUUAUCUGAAUCUGGAGGAUGAUGGUGCGGUGGCGAUAGUAAACGCUCUCAAGGAGUCUGCUUCGCCGAUUGAAGUUCUGGAGAUGGCAGGAAAUGACAUAACAGUGGAAGCAGCUUCAGCUAUCGCAGCGUGUGUAGCAGCGAAACAGGAGCUGAGCAAGUUGAAUCUGUCUGAGAAUGAGCUGAAAGAUGAGGGAUGUCUCCAGAUUGCAAAGAGUUUGGAAGAGGAUCAUCCGAAACUGCAAUACAUUGAUAUGAGCAACAACUACUUGAGAAGAGCCGGAGCAAGAGCCCUAGCUAAUGUUGCUGUUGAGAAAGAAGGAUUCAAGCUGUUGAACAUCGACGGGAACAUCAUAUCGGAAGAAGGCAUUGAAGAAGUUCAAGAGAUGUUCAAGAAAUUCCCUGAGUUACUUGGAGCUUUGGACGAGAAUGAUCCUGAUGGAGAAGAAGAUGAUGAUGAUGAGGAAGACGAAGAAGAUGAAGAAGAUGAAGAGAACGAUGGCAAGGGGAGUAAUGAGCUGGAAUCAAAGCUGAAGAAGCUUGAGGUUAAUGAGGAUGAUGAUUAA